GUGUUCGUCGCCAUGACACAGCACGCACACACACCCCACCAGCAGCAGCAGCAGUAGCUGAGCUUGAAGCAGCAGAGCGAGGUAGACAUGGCCGCCGCCACCAUGGCCCUCUCGUCCCCGGCGCUGGCCGGCAAGGCCGCCGCGAAGGUGUUCGGCGAGGGGCGCAUCACCAUGCGCAAGUCGGCGGCGAAGCCCAAGCCCGCCGCGUCGGGGAGCCCGUGGUACGGCGCCGACCGCGUGCUCUACCUCGGCCCGCUCUCCGGCGAGCCGCCGAGCUACCUGACCGGCGAGUUCCCCGGCGACUACGGGUGGGACACCGCGGGGCUCUCCGCCGACCCGGAGACGUUCGCCAAGAACCGGGAGCUGGAGGUGAUCCACUCCAGGUGGGCGAUGCUCGGCGCGCUGGGCUGCGUGUUCCCGGAGCUCCUCGCCCGCAACGGCGUCAAGUUCGGCGAGGCGGUGUGGUUCAAGGCGGGGUCGCAGAUCUUCAGCGAGGGCGGGCUCGACUACCUCGGCAACCCGAGCCUGAUCCACGCGCAGAGCAUCCUCGCCAUCUGGGCGGUCCAGGUGGUGCUCAUGGGCGCCGUCGAGGGGUACCGCAUCGCCGGCGGGCCGCUCGGCGAGGUCGUCGACCCGCUCUACCCCGGCGGCAGCUUCGACCCGCUCGGCCUCGCCGACGACCCGGAGGCCUUCGCGGAGCUCAAGGUGAAGGAGAUCAAGAACGGCCGCCUCGCCAUGUUCUCCAUGUUCGGCUUCUUCGUCCAGGCCAUCGUCACCGGCAAGGGCCCCCUCGAGAACCUCGCCGACCACCUCGCCGACCCCGUCAACAACAACGCCUGGGCCUACGCCACCAACUUCGUCCCCGGCAAGUGAGCGCCGCCGCCGCCGUGCUGCCAUGGCGACGCAUCGCCUUCAGCUAAGCUAGCUAGGUUGACGACGAUGCGCGUCUCUGCAGGAGAGUGUGCGUGUGUGUACGCGGUGCAGUAGAUGUACGUACGUGUACCGUAUAGAUGUACGUAUUCGUGUGGACCGCGUGGAUGGAUGUACGAGUAUUGGAGAGAGGGUGAGAUCUGUACCGGUAGUGUGUAUUUCUGUGCAGGUUCUGAACCUGAUCAAUGAAAUAUGGUGUUGUGAAUUAAUUAUAAAAUUAGCUUGUUUAA